CCCGCGCCCCUCCUCCACUCGCUCACUCCCUGGCGAAGAUGGCGGACGGCGAGACUAAACGGGCCGAACCCGCCGACGCCGCUGAGCUGGACGGGCCGGUUCUGAAGAGACCGAGGCUCCGAGACCCGCUCGGUGAUUCGAAACACAGCGAUGCUGGUGGAACCGAGCCGGUGAAGGCGGAACCGGCGCUGAUGGACGAGUCCCGGCAGGCCUCCUUCCACAACAACAACAAGCGCACUGAACCCGGGCUCACCGCCGAACCAGAACCCGAGCUCUCCGCGUUAAUUGACGAAGCUGUCCAUCCCAGUGGGUUCACGUCACCUGAUCUUCUUCGUGAUGAUGAUGAUGAUGAUGACUGCUCUUCUCACGCCAGCUCCAGUGAUUGGACGCCCCAACCACAGAUUGGGUCGUAUCGGUUCAUUCAGCAGCACAUCAUGAGAGGAACUGACCCGAGGGCCAUUCUGAAAGAUUUGCUUCCCGAAACGGUGCUUCCACCGGACCUGGAUGACAUGACACUGUGGCAGAUCAUCAUCAACAUCUCAGAGCCGCCCAAAAGGAAAAAACACAAAGACAUCAACACAUUAGAGGACGUCGUCCGACUCCUGAACGAGAGAAAGAAGGUUCUGGUGCUCACCGGCGCUGGGGUGUCCGUUUCCUGCGGGAUUCCUGACUUUCGCUCUAGAGAUGGAAUAUACGCUCGACUCGCUGUGGAUUUUCCUGAUCUUCCUGAUCCUCAAGCCAUGUUUGACAUAGACUACUUUAGAAGAGAUCCCAGGCCUUUUUUCAAAUUUGCCAAGGAAAUCUACCCAGGCCAGUUCCAGCCGUCUCCGUGUCACAGGUUCAUCUCAACGCUGGAUAAGAAGGGAAGGUUACUGAGGAACUACACUCAGAACAUCGACACACUGGAGCAGGUCGCCGGGAUCCAGAAGAUCAUUCAGUGUCAUGGUUCUUUUGCGACUGCUUCCUGUCUUGUCUGUAAACAUAAGGUUGAUUGUGAGGCCGUAAGGGAGGAUAUAUUCAACCAGGUUGUUCCUCACUGUCCGAGGUGUCCGUCAGAUAUCCCGUAUGCCAUCAUGAAACCAGACAUUGUCUUCUUCGGCGAGAAUCUUCCAGAAUUUUUCCACAGAGCCAUGAAGCAGGAUAAAGAUGAGGUGGACCUUCUCAUUGUGAUCGGCUCCUCGCUGAAAGUGCGGCCAGUGGCUCUUAUACCCAGCUCUAUACCUCAUGACGUGCCUCAAGUCCUGAUAAACCGCGAGCCGCUGCCGCACCUGAACUUCGACGUGGAGCUGCUCGGAGACUGUGACGUGAUUGUGAACGAACUCUGCCAUCGUCUGGGUGGCGACUUUGAGCAUCUGUGCUACGACUCGUCACGUCUGAGCGAGAUCACAGAGAAACCAGCCGCCCUGUUACACGCCGAGAGCACGUCCUCAGACCCCGUCACACACACUGAUCACGCUCAGCCCGUCACACACACUGAUCACGCCCAGCCCAUCACACACACUGAUUGUCAAACUUCACUGUCUCCCAAAAAAUCCCCUGAAAUGGCGUCUUCUCCAGGAGCCAGACGAACAAGCCCUCGUUCAGAGCCGCUCCCGGAAACUGAGACGGACGAGUUGGACUCCAACCCAAGAGCUUGUUCUCCAAAGCCGGCGAGUCCCUGUAGGACAGCAGAAGCACGGGACGCUACUGACGACACACAGAUCCAAGACACAGGCGAUCGUCAACGUGUCGAAGUGCGGAGGCGCUGCUGGAGGAGCCGAAUCUGCCAGAGUCCAAUCAGCAAACGACUCGGAGCCUCGCAGUAUUUAUUCCAAGCGCCGAACCGCUACAUCUUCCACGGGGCCGAGGUUUACUCCAGUUCAGAAGACGAGACGUCCAGUUCCUGCGACAGCGACGGCUCUCGUUUCAGCGCCAACGCCUUCGACAACGAAGAAGACAGUGAGGAAGAGGAGGAAGAGGCUUCACCAGAGACAGAGAAAGACAGUGAACACACACGCCUUCAGACAGACUGCACAGCAAACACACACCGCCUCUAAAACACAGCGGCCCGCUGGACUUCACGUGCUCCAGUCUCUUUUAUAUAUUUUUGUAUUUCCCUCCCUCUCCUGUUAUGUCUUCUAAUGCAUGCAACAUCUCUCUCGUUUGGCCUAUAAACCUUUCUUUUGUUUGUAUUUUUGCAUUUUUAGAUGUAAAAUAUACGUUUUUGGUUCCGGUGAAUGUUUCUGCCUGAGAACACAGUUGAGUUGAACUUGCCAUGUAAUUGUUUGGGAUAAAAAAAAGGGAAUGUUUUUCAAACCAAAGAUCACUUUAUCUGUAUAGUUUGCUUUUUUUUCACUGAAUUUACAAGUUCCUUGUUGGAUCUAAGCACUGUUCAUGUGGCAUUUGCCAGCUACUGUUGAAGACUUUUAUACACAGUAGAGUUUAAUAGUCAUCAAACAGAUGUUUGCCAUGAGUUUUCAGUUCCUGAACGUAUAGAAAUAAAUUAUUUACAUGCUUUCACUA